AUGCGACGACUUUUGUGUAAAUCUGGCCUUCUGGCCCCGGCCCGGGAAAUGCGGCAUGAGCGUGAUUUCCGUGGCCGUAAUCGCCAACGCCGACAGCGUGGAUUUGGCGAGGGCCGUAGCUCUUCCAACCCACGGAACAAUGACGACAUUGGGAUUUUGCAGAUAAAAUUUCACACCAUACCGGCUCUGCAGGUGGACAUGCGAGCAGAGACUCAGAUCGAGUCGUUCUUGAGAUCGCAGCUGCGGGAGGAUGGGUCUUCGAUGUUACUGUCAACGAAUGCGUCAUCUUUACCCAUAGUUCGUGUGAUAAAUGUUCCCAGGUCCACCUUGAAGCGUGCCGUGCUGGAGUUCCACGUAAGGGGAAUACCGGUGCGGGCUUUAGGGCAAUCAACCCGCGCAAAAAGGGCUAGGGCGCUCUGCUUCAUGCAUGCAGCGAGGCUCAUUGAUCACUUUUCAGUAGAAGGCACGGACAGCAGUGCUGCGCCUCUGCCACUCGAGGAGGGCACGGAAUUAAAUGCUCAAAAGAAAUAUUUGAAGCGUGUGAUGAGUAUUCGAAAAACGCAGGCUUUUGGUCCGCCUCCACAGCCGGAAGAAUACGAUUGUUGGGAAGAUUAUGUGGAUGAAAGUAGGCGACACAUUGAACGGCAAGAGCAAGAGCGACGAAACGAGGCCUUUCAGCUGCUGCGUAUCCCUCAUACUGGGAACCCAUUGGUUGACAGGGCGGCGGAAAUGACCGAGCAGGAACGAUGCACCGACCGAUUGGCUCUUCAAAAACUUAACAAUGAACUUCUUGGGGUCAGCAAGGGUGUGAAUAUUGUUCGCAUCUCGCAUCGUGUCUUUGUCGCCACACUCACAUUGGAUAGUGUGACAAAUUUAGUUGCUACUGGUGUAGCUGAGAGUUCACAGGAGGCGAAGCAGCGUGCCGCGAUGCAUGCGCUUAACAUUCUUACGCUGGUGAAGGAGCAACGGCAAGCUUCUGCCGUGGAUGGGAAGGCAUCAGCUUUUGCAGGCCGUGGAAGCUGUGCCUCGCCUGACGCCGUGUCACUCAGCCUUACGCCACGUUAUUCCAAGAUGCUGGACUUUUUUUCACUUUUUUUUGGUGUGACUCCGGCUCCUGUCUUCACAAGGGAGGGAAAUUCCUAUAUUUGUCACAUGGAUUUGGACGGUGUCAAGUGCACGGGACAAGGCAUUAACCGGUUUGAAGCGGAGCGCCAUGCCAUUGAGAACGCAUUGGGAGAGAUGGAGUUGUAUGACGAGCGGUUGCAGGGCAUUAAUAGCAUCAUUGCACAGUAUCCGAACAUCCAGCCACGGUGUGUUCCGACUGCCAAAUUGCCGGAGGCGUUGAGGAAUGAAAUUCACGCCUUUGUACAGCGCUGUCGCACCGAACUUCAUUUUCCAGUUGAUGGCAAUACGGUGGGAAACGAAGGCCAUGGUGGUACUCCUGAAAAAAUUUUAACUGAUGACGUUUUGGAUGCCGAGACACGGGCGGCAAUCAAGGCCCUGGAAGAUGUCAGACGCGAUGAAGCCUAUGCGAGACGAUUACGCGAUCGGCUGUGUAACCUCAGGGCGGACCCUAAAUACCUUGAGAAAUUUCACAUGCGUCGCUCGAGCCUUGCAAUUGCGUCUGUGGAGCAGCGCAUACUUGACGCGAUGGAUCAGCACCGUGUGGUUGUCGUAUGUGGAACAACCGGAUGCGGCAAAACAACCCAGGUUCCGCAGUACAUCCUUGAUAGGGAGAUUAUGGAGGAACGUGGGGACCGCUGCUGCAUCGUCGUGACUCAGCCCCGUCGACUGAGUGCCUUCAGUAUCGCGGAUCGCAUUGCAAGUGAGCGACUGGACGUGGUGGGGAAAGAUGUGGGGUAUGCUGUGCGUUUGGACGCUCGGCCAGGCCGUCACAUCACGCUCUGCACGACCGGAGUUUUGCUCCAGAUGUUAUCCGGUAUGCCAUCGCUAGACACGGUGAGUCAUCUUGUGAUCGACGAGGUGCAUGAGCGUGACAUCAACUGUGAUGUGGCUCUGGCUCUUGUCAAAGAGCUGCUGAUGGAGGACAAAAAUAAAAGGUUGAAGGUUCUUCUCAUGAGUGCAACGAUGCAGUCUGAGAUGUUUGCUUCUUACUUUGGUGAUGUGCCUGUGAUAUCCGUGGAGGGGGCCGUGUACCCUGUGAAGGUAUGCUACUUGGACCACGUGGCCCAUCUUUUUCAACAUUCCUCCCCUCCCGGCUACUAUAGUCCCAUGUUUGAUGCUCUCAGCAGCGCGACCACAUCGCAGGGCCGCAACACAUACCGUGGCAGGGGUGGAUAUCGGGGUACAAGGUGGCAACUGACAACACCGCCAAAGACAGACUACGCUCUCAUUGCACGUCUUAUUGAACGAAGUGUGGAGGUUGACCUUCACGGGGAGGUGGAAGGAAAGUCUGUCCUCGUGUUUCUCCCGGGAUGGAAGGAGUUGAUAGCUGCAAAACAGGCUCUCGAAGCUCUUAACGGGGAGCAGCGGUAUCAUAUCAUUCUCUUACACUCCUCUGUGGACGCGAAGAAGCAGCGGGAGUGCUUUUCACCGGCGCCCGAAGGAUUUGUGAAGGUGGUGCUUGCCACAAACAUUGCUGAAAGUGGUAUAACCAUUGAUGACGCGGCAGUGGUGAUUGACACCGGUCUUAUCAAGCAAACCUCGUGGGUAUCGCGUGCGACUGGGACCCAACAAGAACAUCAUGCCUCUUCGUAUUCCACUCAACUUGCUUUACAGUAUGCAAGCCGCGCCAACUGUACCCAACGCAAAGGCCGUGCGGGGCGCACACAAGGUGGUAUUUGUUAUCGUCUUUUUACGCGAGAGGUUUGGGAUGUGUUGCCUUUUUUUCAGGAGGCAGAAAUUCAUCGUGUUCCGCUUACACAAGUCCUGCUGACCCUCUUGUCACUUGGACACACAAAACCCAAAGAGACUCUUCAGAGGUUUAUUGAACCACCUUCUGUAAAAAAUGUUGAGGCUUCCAUGCGACAACUGCGAAGCUUGGGGGCAGUGACUGCGGAUGAGAAGUUAACGCCGCUUGGGUUGUAUCUGUCACGGCUGCCAUGUGACCCGCGAAUUGGGAAGAUGAUUAUGAUGGGUGCUGUGUUGCGUUGUAUGGACUCUGCUCUAACGAUGGCAGCGACCGCGGAUGUCAGCCCAUUUGUGACAAGCCGAGAGGUCUCUUUUGAGGUGCGACAAAAACGACAUGCCUUUUCGAUGGGAUCACAGAGCGAUCACAUCAGUGUGUUGAAUGCUUACAAUGCCUUCUGUGCUCGUCAAGGCGAUGGUGUCUUUGCCAGCGAACAAUAUAUCCAUCGAAAUAACAUGCGGAUUAUUUCCCGCUACAAGCAACAGUACCGUGACAUCCUCCGCCGUUCAGGAUUCAUCCGGGAUGGGGAAUCAUUUUCUCUUGAAGCCCCUGAGGAUGAGUUUAUUAUCCCCAAUGAUGAUGCGGUGGCUCCGCUGCAUGUUGAUUCCGGUUUACUUUCCCUUGAUGCUGCAGACGUCACACUCGUUAAGGCCUGUCUCUGUGCAGCUCUCUUUCCUAAUGUGGCUGUGCUUGACCCUUCCCCGUUGCUUCAGGGGGGAAAAAGGGCGAAGACGCUGGUGAUGCGCACUGCCACGCACAAAAACAUCUCACCUUCCAAAGAUAGUGCGUGCCGCCGUCUUGGACCUCCUCGUGCCCAUGGUGUACUGACCCCAAAAGAGUUUUUUGGUAGAGAUGCGGAGAGUGGUGCCGAAGCACCUGUCAUUCCCUCCAUGUUUUAUAUAUACCAGAGCAUUUUUUGCGUGCAGGAAUCCAGAGAAGAGUUUCUUACACAGGUUUCUUCAGUGAGUCUGUGGGCUCUCCUGCUAUUUGGUGUCGGUGAGGCGGACAUGCGAUUUGACCCUCUCUUGCAACUCUGUAUUGUGGGGGGUUGGAUAGGCAUACACAUCGAUGCCAGCUCCUUUGCCACGCUGCACGCACUUCGCACUACCCUGCACACCUGCGUUUGGAGGAAAUACCAGAAACCGGAUGACGAGAAGAACAAUGAGGCACUUGAGGUUCUCAGGCGACUCUGCAAGGAGGUAUUACAGUCACCGCCAAAUGAUAAGGAGCAGUACCUGAACCGUCUUGUCGAUACAGGGCGUAUUCUCUCUCCGUCAAUGCUGGAGCCAAUGACCACAGACACCAAUGACGAGAAUUUUGCAUGGGAGUGA